CUUUACAAAAUUUGACAACACAAAGGCAUUAAUCACUAACUGUUUGGUCUUGGAGAAACCAGAAGGCAUCUUAGUAAGCGGAUUGAUCAAAGGCAUAUUGUCGUUCAAAGCAUAUUCAUCAUAGGAACAACUGCUAAGAGAGCUGUAAAAUUAAACCCUUUUAUGUUCAUAGUUGUCUGUGUCUAACAUACUAUAACUUGAACAGAGCCACAAUCAAAAAAAAAAAAAAAAUCAUCAUCUUCAAGAGUACUCCAAAUGGCUCAUUCCGAGUUUUCGUCUUCCACCACUAGGCAGAGGCGCCAUACUACACCUGUGGUGUCACAGCAACCCUCCACAUCAUUUUCAAUGUCAAUGUCUAGCUCUUACAACUUUAGCCGUGGCCGCAAUCCGACACCUGCUAGUCCUUUUUCCUCUGAUAAUGACAGGUCAUGGCAAGGCGAGCUUUCUUGGCAGUUUGAGCCAACAGGGUGGCGAGAUAAUCGCGACCUUAGUGCAGCAUUAAGUCCAUGGACAGCAACUGAUGCUUCUUUCACUUCAGCAACAAAUGGCAGUAGGAUUUUCAGGAGAUCAGCUAAUGAUUAUUACUUAUCACGGUCGACUAAUGGCGUUUUUCAUAGCUUCAUUAAUCCAUCUUAUGAUCAGUCUUAUUCUGGCCACCAGACAUCUGGAAGGCUUGAGCUUCAAAGUUUUGAUUCCAGGGCUAAUGAGAAUUCGUAUACCUCAAGGAGUCAUGUCUCUCGUGAAUAUAAGGGAAAGCCCCGCAAAUCUUCAAGAUUGACAACAAUUACAGAAGGGACUAGUGCUGGAAAAGGUGGUCCGUUGGCUGUGAAAGACGAGCUCCAGUUGAUAGAUUUUGACAGAACAGAAGAUGUUGAAAGGCAAUUCCAGAUUGGCAGGUCAAGUGUUCGUAAUCAUGACAUUCUUAGAGGUCAUAAUGGACACGUCAUUCAGAUGGGACAUAGCUUCAAAAAUGAAACCUCUGAUUGUGACGUGAAAUGUGUUGAUCAUGUUUACGAGGAGCAGAGCCACCAUGUUCAAUAUUCUAGACAAUCAAAUCUCGAGCUGUAUGGAAAUGAUUUGUAUGAUAUUGAUAUUGACAAGAAUCCUGCAAUACACGAUGAAGAAAAUGGAGAAGAUGAUAGAGCAGCUCCUAAACAAGUUGGGUUACUGAGCUUGUUCAAAUACUCAACCAAGUUGGAUAUAGUACUAUUGCUAUUGGGUUGUAUUGGGGCUCUAAUAAAUGGAGGAUCACUUCCUUGGUAUUCUUAUCUUUUUGGUAAUUUUGUAAACAAAAUUGCCCUGGACAAAGACAAAGACCGGAUGAUGAAAGAUGUGGAAAUGGUGUGUGUGCUAAUGACUGGACUAACAGCAGUAGUCAUGAUUGGAGCAUACUUAGAGACAACUUGUUGGAGAUUAGUGGGAGAGCGAUCAGCUCACAGAAUAAGAACCAAGUAUCUAAGAGCUGUUUUGCGACAGGACAUUGGAUUUUUUGACACAGAACUGAAUACUGGUGAAAUUAUGCACGGAAUUUCAAGUGAUGUCGCACAAAUCCAAGAAGUGAUGGGAGAAAAGAUGGCACAUUUUGUUCACCACAUCUUCACUUUCAUCAAUGGCUACGCAGUUGGUUUUAGAAGAUCAUGGAAAGUUUCCCUGGCAGUUUUUGCAGUUACACCAUUGUCUAUGUUCUGUGGCCUUGCAUAUAAAGCCAUCUAUGUUGGCCUCACACUGAAAGAAGAGGAAUCUUAUAGAAAAGCUGGCAGCAUUGCAGAGCAAGCAAUGAGUUCAAUUAGGACCGUAACUGCUUUUGUAGCAGAGGACUAUUUAGAUGCAAAAUAUGUUGAAUCUCUGGAGAAAUCCAGGAGUUUGGGGGCAAAGGUUGGGUUUGCUAAAGGGGCAGGAAUUGGAGUUAUUUAUUUAGUUACUUAUGCGACAUGGGCGUUGGCUUUCUGGUACGGUUCAAUCCUUGUAGCAAAGGGAGAGCUUUCAGGUGGUGAAGCCAUUGCUUGUUUCUUUGGUGUUAAUGUAGGAGGCAGAGGCUUGGCUCUAUCCCUAUCUUAUUUUGCUCAGUUUGCCCAAGGAACUGUUGCAGCUACCAGGGUAUUUGAAGUUAUAGACAGGGUGCCAGAGAUAGAUCCCUAUAGUCCAGAGGGAAGAAGGUUGUCAACUAUAAGAGGGAAUAUUGAAUUUAAAUGUGUUACCUUUGCAUACCCGGCUCGUCCAACUGUCCAGAUUCUCCAGUCUCUUAACUUAGUUGUUCCAGCUUCUAGGACACUAGCAUUAGUGGGCAUCAGUGGAGGUGGAAAGUCAACAAUUUUUGCUCUUAUAGAAAGGUUUUAUGAUCCUGUUCAGGGUCUUAUUACCUUGGAUGGUCAUGAUAUAAGAACUUUGCAAGUGAAGUGGCUGAGGACUCAGAUAGGUAUGGUUGGUCAAGAACCAGUACUAUUUGGGACAAGCAUACUUGAAAAUGUGUUGAUGGGAAAAGAAAAUGCUACCAAGAAAGAGGCUAUGGCUGCUUGCGUUGCAGCAAAUGCUCACAGCUUUAUCUCAAGACUUCCAGAAGGCUAUGAUACACAGGUUGGAGACCGAGGAACCCAACUCUCUGGAGGACAAAAGCAGCGGAUUGCUCUUGCUCGAGCAAUGGUUCAAGACCCAAAAAUUCUUCUUUUAGAUGAGCCAACAAGUGCCUUAGACCCCGAGUCUGAGGCCAUUGUACAACGGGCCAUUGACAAGAUCUCCAAGGGCAGAACCACGUUAGUGAUUGCUCAUAGAUUAGCAACAGUAAGAAAUGCUCACACUAUAGUCGUUCUUGAUCGUGGUUCAGUUGUUGAGACAGGUAACCAUGAUCAGCUAAUGGAAAAGGCUGGGGCAUAUUUUGGCCUCAUCAAGCUUGCUUCAGAAGCAGUCCCAAAAACUACGUCAAAAGAGGGAGAUGUUCCAAAGGAAAUGGAAUUCUCUGCCUAUGAGAAAUCAAAUUAUGAUGUGGCAAGAGAAAAAAGUGUAUAUGAAAUCUCAAGAUCAAAGUACCUAGAAGAGGAAGAAGGAGAGCAAGCAAAGAUGAAGAGCUACCGUUUCUCAGAAUUAUGGAAACUGCAGCGACCGGAGCUGAUAGUGCUAUUAGUAGGGCUAAUUAUGGGUAUGUUUGCAGGUGCAAUUCUCUCCCUCUAUCCCUUAGUUCUAGGGCAAGCACUUAAAGUAUACUUUUAUACAGACAUGUCAAGAUUGAAAAGGGAAGUUGGAUACCUCUGCUUGAUACUAGUUGGUCUUGGAUUUGGGUGUAUAUUCGCUAUGGUAGGCCAGCAAGGGUUCUGUGGUUGGGCUGGUACUAGACUCACCAUGAGAGUUAGAAGUUUCUUGUUUAAAUCUAUACUCAAACAAGAACCUGGUUGGUUUGAUCUCGAUGAGAAUUCCACCGGAGUUCUAGUGUCGAGGCUUUCUAUGGAUUGUGUCAGUUUCAGGUCUGCUCUUGGUGAUAGGUUUUCUGUCCUGCUAAUGGGUCUGAGCUCAGCAGCUGUUGGACUUGGCGUGUCAUUUAAACUUGAAUGGAGAUUAGCUCUUUUGGCGACUGCUGUAACGCCAUUUACUCUAGGAGCAAGCUAUCUCACUUUGAUUAUAAAUGUAGGAGGGAAACUAGACAACAGCUCAUACGCUAAAGCUAGCAGUAUUGCUGCAGGUGCUGUGUCAAAUAUAAGAACCGUGGCGACAUUCUCAACUCAGGAACAAAUAGUUAAAUCAUUUGAACAAGCUUUAUCUGAGCCCAAGCGAACAUCGGUUAGAAGGUCACAUAUGCUUGGUCUAGCACUAGGCAUUUCUCAAGGUGCAAUGUAUGGAGCAUAUACACUGACUCUAUGGUUUGGUGCUUACUUGGUAAAGCAAGGCUACACAAAUUUUGGCGACGUGUAUAAGAUAUUUUUAAUACUUGUGCUGAGUUCGUUUGCUGUUGGACAACUUGCUGGCCUUGCCCCGGAUACUUCUAUGGCUUCAACUGCAAUACCCGCUGUUCUUGCUAUCAUUAACCGUAGGCCUUCAAUAGGCAAUGACCGCGUAAAAGGAAAAAAGAUUGAAGUAUCAAAGCCAUUUGAUAUAGAGUUUAAGAUGGUCACAUUUGCAUAUCCAUCAAGGCCAGAUGUUAUAGUGUUGAGAAACUUUACGCUUAAGAUCAGAGGUGGGACAAUGGUAGCAUUAGUUGGAGCAAGUGGAUCGGGAAAGUCAACAGUGAUAUGGAUGAUACAGAGGUUUUACGACCCAAAUCAAGGGAGAGUACUAAUGGAAGGGGUUGAUCUGAGGGAGCUGAAUUUGAAGUGGUUGAGAAGGCAGACAGCCCUGGUCAGUCAAGAACCGGCCCUAUUCGCUGGCACCAUUAGAGAGAAUAUUGCAUUCGGCAAGCAUAAUGCUUCAUGGGCUGAAAUUGAAGAAGCAGCAAAGGAAGCUCACAUUCAUAAAUUUAUCAGUGGGCUUCCUCAAGGGUAUGAAACAGAGGUCGGUCAGAGUGGCGUUCAGUUAUCAGGUGGACAGAAACAGAGGAUAGCAAUUGCAAGAGCCAUACUGAAGAAAUCAAAGUUGCUCCUACUAGAUGAAGCUAGCAGUGCAUUGGACUUGGAAUCGGAAAAGCAUGUUCAUGAUGCACUUAGGAAGAUUUCCAAGAGGGCUACCACAGUUGUGGUAGCUCAUCGGCUUUCUACAAUUAGAGAAGCCAGUGUGAUUGCUGUUGUGAAGGAGGGCACAAUAGCAGAAUAUGGAAGCCAUGACAAACUCAUGGCUUCCCACCUUGAUGGUCUAUACGCUAGCUUAGUUCGCGCAGAAACAGAAGCCUUAGCAUUUUCUUAAGCCUGAUUAUGAAUAUAGGAAACUCGUAAUAAUAUUGUCCUUACGAAUUACUUCAUUAUAAUUUAUUCAAAAAGCCAUUGCAUAUCCA